AUGUUGAAAUAUGUUACGGAACAUUUCACCGAUGAUAUCGGAGUUUGGCAACCUCGGUAUGGAGGGACAUUUAUUUUUUCUGAAAAAAUACCUAAGGGGCUUAUAAUUGAUGUACGGCGACGGAAUCUUAUUGAUCGUGAAAGCCAAAAGCAACGUGAUACUGACAUUGAAAUUAUCAAAAUAGCAGCUGAAAUAAUAAGAGAAGAGAUCAGAAACAUGCCGUUCACAUAUCCUAUUUGGCCACCGACAGAAAGAAGCAUACUAUCCGAAAUUUUUGAACAUUUUGAACACUGGUUAGUACAGCAUGGUAAAAAUCUCAAUGACUACAUUUUAACGGAGGAGUUCCAAACUUGCUUAAAAGAGGUUUCAUUUCAAUCUUUCCAAGAUGUGACUGGCCUUGAAGGUCUGUUUGAACUGAUGGAAGAGUACGAACGUGAUAUUAAACAAGCAGGUAAAACAGCAUUGUAUUGGUUGUCUUUCAUGGAGAUGAUGGACGUGUUGUUUGGAUUUAUACGAGGUUUAAAAAUUGGUAACUGGGAAUUGCACCUAGACGCAACACGCCAAAUGCUGCCAUGGUUUUUUGCAUACGACCGUCCCAAUUAUUCCCGCUAUUGUACAUUCUAUGUCAUGGAGAUGCUGCGCUUGCCAGAAACACAUCCCGGAAUAUGUAAGGAAUUCACGUAAGUCUGAUAUUUCGUAAUGCGUUGGCGACUUGUGGUUUAAACAUGUAGCUUUUUGAGAAAAUUUAUUAAAACUCUUUAGUAACGGAAAUUUUGCGGUUAGAAGAUCUCCUGGAAAAUUCAAUAAAGUUCCCAGUGACCAAUGCAUAGAGCAAACCAUUAACAGAGAACAAAAAUGUCAUGGUGGAAUAACUGGAUACAGCACUUCUCCUGGGACUAUACAAAGAUGGGUAUUUACUAGCCACACUAUUGCAAAAUGUAUAAGUAUCCUCGAAGACAUGCUGACAAUCAAACAAAAAAUGUCACAUCCCAAAGAAUUAGGUAAAUCCAGAAUGGAAUUCGACGAAGCUUCUGUUCAGAGAUGCUACGACACUUUGGUCUCUUGGGGAAGCCCAUUUAACAGCCGAGACAGCCUUGUUCAAAUUUGUUCUGGUGUGGAAGCUACCACAGUCGUCGAGAAAAACUUACUGGAAGCCCAUUCUGUUGGAAAAAAAGAGAUGGAAGAAUUUGUUGAAAAAAGAAUCAAGUCAAAUGAAAUUUCCUUCUAUGAUCGAAU